UCAACACCAUCAACCAGAGAAAUUGACAGGGAAAUCAACAGAAUUGAUCGUUUUUGUGAAAUGUUGGAGCAUAAUUUACGCUCAGUAGCACAGGAACCAGAGCAACUGAUCGAGGGGCCGUUAGAUUCAACUUCACCAAACAGCCCAGCCCGUGGAGCUGUCAAUAGAUCUCCAGGUAAUACUCGCCAGCGUGUUUCCGAACAAAUUCUAAAUCAGAAUAGCUCUCCAACUCCAGACGUAGUUUUGGUUGAUCUUAGUGAUUCAAUGAAUAUGCCUGCCCCAAUAAGACCUCCGAAUCAAUUAAAUAUGAGUGACGAUGUAAUCAUUGUAACGCCAAGUGAAGAUGAAAUCGUUGAUCUUUGCACGCCUACAAUCGUUCGAAAGAUCUUUCAUUGUAGAACCAACUUUAAUGAUAGGAUGUUUCCAAAUUCCGAUGUGAAUGUAAUUGGUACUAUAAAUGGUGGCGGAACAGCCGAAAUUCCGAUUGCACAACCAACAAACGACGAUAGACCUUCAUGGCGACGCUCAUUAUCCUCGUAUAUGUCUAGGGAAAGGCCAAAUGUUGCCAGUUCAUCGCGUAAUUCCGUUUCAACAGCAACUUCAAGAGCAAGUAUUGGCAACGUUAAGAAUCGGAUCAACAACCAAAAUAAGAAUCGUGCAAAUAGAGCGCCUGGUGCGCCUUCUAACGUUUCCGUCGCCACUGUAACGACCAACAACAGCACCAGCAGCAACAACAAUAACAACAACAAUAACAGCGGUCGUGCACCACUAAUGUGUGCAGUAUGCAUGGAAAGCAGCAUUAAUAAUCAACCUACCUCUACCAAAUGCGGCCAUGUAUUCUGUGCUAAUUGCAUACGCCAAGCUUUACGGUUGACACGCAAAUGCCCCAUGUGCAACACAAAGCUCACGCCAAGCAUGCUGUUUCGUAUAUAUGUUUAAGUGAAGUCUGAAACUUGCGACAAAGAUGAAAAUGCACUUUUGCAUUUAAGACAAAGCAGACUGGUUUUUGCAAAGUUCCGAAUGUCUAAUUAGCACCGUCUUACAUGUUAUCUGUUGCUCUGAUUCUGUCAAUAGAAAUUUAAUGUUUGAAUGUAUAUCCAUAAGUGAUUCUAUUUAGCAAGAACUUACUGAAUUUUGUUUUACCUAAAUUAAAUUAGUCCACACAUAAGUUGUUAUUACGCUUAUUGUAAUUAUAAGACGGAUCAUUAUAUGCUAUGUUUUUUCCAUUUUUUAUAUUUCAAACUUGCGCUUGCAUUCACUUACAUACAUAUUUAUACUGGCUUUUGAAAUUUAAGUGUCAUACUUUGAGAGCAGGUUAACGGUCCUAAUAUUCUUUAAUUAAUUUUCUUCCAAACACUCUUUGUAAACAAGCUAAAACUCUUUGAAUAGUCGAAAUUAUAGAAAACGAAAAUGUAAAAUUUCUGAACGACUUCUUUUCAUGGUAAACAACUAAUAGGUAUCAUUGCGGCCCUUUAAAAAUUUUAUUUUUUUUCUACUCGGCGGCAUAUUAGUUAACGUAAAAAUUUCUAGUUCAAAACUAUUAUGAAGGUCAGCUUCAAGCGCCGAAGCA